AUGAAAGAACCACCGCCUGAAGCUAGAAACCUGCCAGAGACUCCUCGAAAUCAGUUCCGCACUCCGAGAAGCCAUAGUCCACAAGGUCUUCCAACAACUGCCACGAAAACCAAGACCGCACGGAACCGACCACCACAGUCAUCGACAUCGGCAAGCAUUCGUAAGCGAACAUCGCUGCCACGAGUUCAGUCUACUCUCACGCAAAUUGACUUUGUGACACAGUCCACACCUUCCAAUGAUGACCAGCUUAGCUACAUCGACGAACACAAACGUCGUGACGAUACCCACGACACAACUGAGCGGCCAAAUGUAGAUGAUGAGUCCGACAAGGAAUCGGACUAUCUUCCUGCUCCACCACUUCGGUCGGCCCGUAUCUCGAAAUUCAGAAUGAGCGAACGAGAGCACGAUUCGGAUGAACGCCCGCAGAAGCGGAGGAGCUCUGGAUUCGCUAGUCGAGAUACACACCGAAGUGAUGGACCACGAAAGAGCGAGGCCCCAAGGGCGAGUAUUCGUCCUAGGGGCGGUCGAAAAUCACUAGAGAAGUCAGCGGGGAAGCGGGACAAGACCUUAACUCAGAUGGACUUUGUACGACGUUACAUUACCAUCAACGAUGAUGAUGACGAUGUGAACAUGGGAUAUAUUCAGCCGACACCGCAGAAAAAGGGCAUGAAAGAUGAACCAACCGAGCACACGCCGAAAUUGAAUCAACCACAAACUACGAAGCGUCCGACCUCCACCAAACGAAAUCGCAGAGCUUUGGAAGAAGAGCUGGAUCUCUCGACGGGCGAACCUAUAUCCCAGCAAAACGAAGCACAACAGUCAAAUCCUGGAAGCGAAGGUGAGGGCGAGCGGGUAUCUGCAGCUCCCGUGACACCGCGGAAGCUUCGCGCGCGCGAGAUACCUUCUUCACAGACGCCUGAAAGCCCUGGACUCGCUAUUAUAACCUCAUCUCAAUUUCGCAGCGCUACUCGCUCUCCUUCAAAACGUAACCCGCUGAGUCCCACGGAUAAUUCUACGUAUCCUGUCAAAGAAGAAACCACGGAGGCUCGGCGAGUGGUCGGGGAUUCACAAGACCCUGGAGGUGAAUCUUUACCACAACCAACAACAUUCAAUUCUCCAGGGAUCUAUAACCAUUUGAUUCACCCCGAUCUGACAACUACCGAGGAAUUUCCUUCAUCUGCACCUCCAACGGAGUCGACUUCCCAGGAAUUUCCCACCGAAGAAAUCGGGGACUCGAGGAAUGAACCCACCAAAAGAGAGAGGACAGUCAUUUAUGAAACGGACGCGGACUCAGAAUACGGAGACUCUGAGGACAACCUCAAUGGAAGUUCCGUGACACCAUCUUCAAAGAAAGCAAACCGACCAAUUGGUCCACAAGACGGCGUACAGGGGACUGAACACAGCGCGGAGUUAUCCAAGGAUGAUUCUCAAGAACUUCCUCUACCAGUUGUGCAAUCAAGCCCUGGACCCAAUGAUCCUCCAUCCGAAGGUCCAAUGUCUGAUGCCUCAAUUUGUUAUCGAAGAAUGCACGUAGCUACACAAUUCCCGCACGAGCCAAUCCCAAUGCUGAAUACACAGAAGAUGGCUGAGCUGUUCCCUCACGGAGACAGUACCCAGUACACAAACUUGGAGGCAUGGAGGCCUUCUCUUCGCAAACAGGCGACGGGGCCACUCUUGCAGACACAGAGCCAGGAAGGCGACAAAGAGUCUACUGAAAUGGUCCCCGAGUCAUCGCCUAUCCGAGAACAAGAACGUGGAAUCGAUUCAGGUGAUAGUUCGUUCCAACGACCUCGUGUUCCUGGCUCAGUGGUCCAAGUCGAGUCCUCACAGGCAGUGGACCGAGAUCCUCAAUGGCAGGGCCGAGUCCUCUCACGGAGCCAGCUGCUCACAUCAAGCGUCAUGGAGAGCAUUCCACUCCCGAACUUUUGGAUGGGGAGUCAGGAUAGUGUAGGGGAGCCUUAUAGCUUACCUGAAGGAUGA